AUGGAUCCCGCCGCCAACGUCGAAGAAGCUAAGGAUGAUGUUGUAGUGCUCAUGGAAAGAGUUCGGAUUGAUGAGUCCACAUGUGAGGGUCUCAACACUCCCAUGAACACGAAAGUCUUUGUCCAAGGCCAGGUCGAAGUGGACGCCGAAGAUGACAGUGAUACUAUCAAGCUUGAGGAUGAGAGCAUCCUUCCUGAAACAAUCGUGAUAGACACCGAGACUGGCAUUGUUGUGGAUGCCGCCGAUGAGGCUGGCACGGUUGAGCUUGUCAUCGAUGAACCUGCCAAUGUUGAGACCACCGCUACUGAGCCUACUCCUACUGAGCCUAUUCCUGCAGAGCUCGGGAAUGACACUGUCAAAGACAACACCGGUAAUGGCAACCCCAGCACCGGGAAGGCCGAGCACGCGAGGCGAUUCAAGAAGAAGAAGCGCCUGCGCAUCCACAAAACAAAGCCCGUUCAUCUUCUGGCCGAGCCUCACCGGGCUUGGAUCAUGAUGUACAACGAGCUGCUCUCCACCCCUGAGAGCGUGGCUGAGAAGACAGCCCUUUCGGCAAUUAUCCAACUCAUGCGUGCACGCGGUGAACUCGUAGCUAAGCUGCCGAAUAUUCCCAAGACCGAGCUGCGCGAGUUUGUCAUUCGGUCCAACGUCGAGGGCGCUACCCCAGACAGUGAGCCCAACCAGGACAUGGCCAUUUUUCUUCGGGCCAUCCUGCAGGCUCGUACGCACCUGGCUGAAUUGAAUCCCAACACCCGCCUGUCUCAGAUCAUGCACACUAUCGUUUCGAUCCAGCGCAUUCCUGGCAUCGCCAUCGAACUAUUCGACGUUCCCACAAUCCCUCAUUUGCGUACAUUCGCGAAUGAAAAUGCCAAGAACCUGUCCAACGAUGCUCUUGUCGCCCUCCUCGAGGGUCCUGAUCUGAGGUCCCCUACCGAUUUUUGA